AUGGAUACUGCAAUAGAUCUUUCGGAUCCUUCGAUGGCAUUAAAUCUCAAUCACAUACGACGACAACUUAUACGCAUGGAAGAGACAAUAACAUUUCAUCUAAUUGAGCGCGCGCAAUAUCCUCUCAAUCCAACUAUUUACAGACCAGGUGGUGUUAAAAUCCCAAACUGUCAUCUGAGCUUACUAGAUUGGAUCCUUCGUGAGCGGGAAAAAAUUGAUUCACUGAUACGACGGUAUCAAUCUCCAGAUGAGCAUUGUUUCUUUCCAGAUGCUCUUCAGGAGCCAAUACUACAACCACUCAAUAUCCCUCAACUUCUUCACCACAAUAACGUCAAUUGCAAUGAAAAGAUUAAAAAGCACUACAUAGAAUUGCUUCUUCCAACUUUCUGCUUGGAUCCUGGCAGAACAGAUAAGGGGGAAAGGGCUGAGAAUUAUGGAUCAGCGGCAACUGCUGAUGUACUGUGUCUUCAAGCCAUCUCGCGAAGGAUUCAUUUCGGGAAAUGGGUAGCUGAAUCCAAGUAUCUGGAGUCCCCUGAAAAAUUCAAUGCGAUGAUAAAGGCGAAAGAUCGGCGAGGGAUUGAAGAUGCUAUCACCAAGCCAGCAGUAGAACGGCAGGUGCUAGAUCGGAUACGACUGAAGUCAAAGGUUUACGGCACCGAUCCCAGCAUAGGCCAGGACGCGGUUCCCAAAAUAGAUGUUGAUGCGGUAGUUGGACUAUACGAAAAUUGCAUAGUUCCAUUAACCAAAGAAGUUGAGGUUGAGUAUCUGAUGCAGCGUCUUGAUGUAGCUGAGUAG